GGAUAGCACCCUGUCUUCACAGAGAAUUGCCUGGAGCAGGCCGUUCCAGUGGUCCCUGACAUUGGAUCUGAAUGGUGUUGCAUGUGGUGCCCAGUGAAGCAUGGUCAUAGGCCCACACUCACAUCUUAUUUGCUGUAAAUGAAACUACAGAACAAAAGUACCGCCACAAUUCAGCCACAACCGUGCGUACUUCAAGUCAAGGAAGGAAAAAAGGACGGGAGAAAACGCAGACAAGCCUUCGGGUACCAACGCUGCGGGUCAGAGCUGCUCAGAAGUGUGGGUGACAGCUGGCAACGAACUGAGGAGCGAGAGGAUCACCUCGCAGCCUGAAAAGCAAGGACCCAGCAAGGAAGCUGGCAUCCGCUGGGGACGUGCCAGGCCGGUAGGAGACAAACCGAGCCUCUAACCCCAGCCGUCUCCCAGGGCACCACCGGGGCACACUUCGUGCGACGUCAGGAAGCGACGGACGCCGCCAUUGUGCGUCACUUCCUUGGCUCGUCGGUAGGCACGUCUAACUGUCGUAAACCAGUGGUUGAAGUAAGACAUGCUACUCUUUCAAGCGCUGAAGGCUGUUAUGGAAAGUUGACGGUGUCGUUAGUCCUGCCGGUGGAAGCGAGCAUGUCUUUUCGAGGCGGAGGUCGUGGAGGCUUUAAUCGAGGCGGUGGAGGUGGCGGCUUCGGUCGUGGCGGCGGCAGCAGUAACCACUUCCGAGGUGGAGGUGGCGGCAAUUUCAGAGGCGGCGGCGGCGGCAAUUUCAGAGGCGGCGGUGGCGGCAGAGGAGGAUUUGGACGUGGGGGUGGCCGCGGAGGCUUUAAUAAAGGCCAAGACCAAGGACCUCCAGAACAUGUAGUUUUAUUAGGAGAGUUCCUACAUCCCUGUGAAGAUGACAUAGUUUGUAAAUGUACGACAGAUGAAAAUAAGGUGCCUUAUUUCAAUGCUCCAGUUUAUUUAGAAAACAAAGAACAAAUUGGAAAAGUGGAUGAAAUAUUUGGACAACUUAGAGAUUUUUAUUUUUCAGUUAAACUAUCAGAAAACAUGAAGGCAUCAUCCUUUAAAAAACUACAGAAGUUCUAUAUAGACCCAUAUAAGCUGUUGCCACUGCAGAGGUUUUUACCUCGACCUCCGGGUGAGAAGGGACCUCCAAGAGGUGGUGGCAGGGGUGGUCGUGGAGGAGGAAGAGGAGGAGGAGGAGGCAUAGGUGGUAGAGGCGGUGGCUUUAGGGGUGGAAGAGGAGGAGGUAGAGGUGGAGGCUUCAGAGGAGGAAGAGGAGGGAGUGGUGGUUUCAGAGGGAGAGGACAUUAGGUGUAAAAGUUGACAGAGGAACUUUACCAGUUGAUUUCUGCAUUAACCUGCACGACCUACUUCUGGGGAUCAGUGAUUUGUUUUUUGAACAAGUCUUGAAGUCCUGGGGAUUAUAUGACUGUGGCAUUCAGAUGUCAGCAUCAUUCAAACAUGAGUGUGGCAGAACAGGAGGCAUUUAUGCUCUAAAGGGGUCUGAACAAGUGUUCUUGUGUUUUGUAUUCUGCCUGGAAUUGUGAUUGCUUAAUAAAUGGACAGUUUUCCUAUGAAGCAUAUUUGAAUUUUUAUAAUAAAAGUGUCUUUUAUCAA